AUGACAUCAACAAGAACGAAUCAACAUAAAAAGGUGAGAGGAAUGGUACGUGAAGAAGUUGCACUUGUUAUACAAUCAAGCAAUUCGAAUUCGAAAGAAGGCAGCAAUCAUAGUAAUGGAGGACCAAUCUCUGUUCUCGACACACGCCGGAGCUCUAGCCCUUCCACCUCUACCUCCUCUUUCACCACCAACGUAAACAACAUACACCAAAAAUGGCCGGAGGAAAUGGGUAUUCCUAUUUCUGAGUCUGUGGCAAAUCUUUCCGACUGGUCGGAGCUACAGCCCAUUGCACCGGAAUUCUGCCUACAGCACAAAAGAUUUGGGGUUGGCGUUGGAUUUGAUGACAUGUUAUCCGGUGGUUCUCAUGAGCAAGACCACGAUCUUCUCCGGUGGAUCUCCGGUGACGUUGAUGACACUUCUUUUACCCUCUUGCAAAUUGACGAAAAUGCCCCUCCCACCCCCUUAAAUCUCACGCCUCAAAACCCACAUAAAAAUUACAAUUCCCAACAUCCGGGUCAUCGAAAACCUCCUGCUUUCGAUCAGAGUCAUGAGUUUCUACUCAAGAAACAGAAUCAGCAACUAUCACUCCACCAACAGAAAUCAAUGGUAGCAGCAAUGGCAGUGGCAAAGCAAGAACCACCAUCGCCACCGCAGAAACAGCUUAUCUGUGACCAGCUAUUUGCUGCAGCUGAGCUAAUGCUAUCUGGAAAUUUCUCUCAUGCGCAAGGGAUAUUGGCGCGGCUCAAUCACCAGCUACCUUCAGCUAUGUCAUCAUGUAAUUAUAACCCCAUUCAGAGGUCCGGUUUUUAUUUCAAACAAGCUCUGCAAACGCAAAUGGCGUUUCUAACACCAAUUCCAAAUCCAAAUCCGACACUCUCCAAUGGCAUGUUCAAGAUGUGUGCUUAUAAACUUCUUUCUGAGGUCUCUCCAAUCAUACAGUUUAUCAACUUUACUUCAAAUCAAACACUUCUUGAAGCCCUUGGUGAUUCCGAUUACAUUCAUAUCAUUGAUUUUGAUAUCGGAUUCGGUGCUCAAUGGGCUUCCUUCAUACAAGAGCUUCCUAGGAAAAACAACAAUGGCUGUUCCUUGAAGAUUACUGCAUUUGCCUCACCAUCAACACACCACCCGGUGGAACUCGGCCUCAUGCACGAAAAUCUAUCACAAUUCGCUCACCAAAUCGGGAUUUCAUUCCAACUUGAAGUUGUAAACUUCGAUUCUUUCGAUCCUAAUUCGUUUUCAGUUUCGGGGAACUAUGCAAUUGCUGUGAAUUUCCCAAUCUGGUCAACUUCCAUCCGUUUACCCGCCAUUCCCUCCCUUUUACACUUCAUAAAACAGGUUUCGCCAAGGAUAGUGGUGGCCCUCGAUCGUGGGAAUGAAAGGGCAGAUCUACCCUUUCCACAGUAUCUCCUCCAGGGUCUCCAGUACUAUGAAGUUCUAUUGGACUCCAUUGAUGCCGCCAACGUGCCGCCAUACACCGCCAACAAGAUCGAAAUGUUUCUAUUGGAGCCACAGAUCAAUAGCAUGGUGACCGGAAAACUUCAGUCGCCGGAGCCAAUGCCACAUUGGAAGACGCUCUUCACAGCCGGUGGUUAUUUUCCGGUCACUAUGAGUAGUUUUGCAGAAGCUCAGGCGGAUUGUGUGGUGAAGAGGAGUCAAGCUCGUGGGUCGGGGUUUCAUGUAGAGAGGAGGCACUCGUCACUAGUGCUUUGCUGGCAAAACCGCCAGCUCAUGGCGGUUUCAGCGUGGAGAAUUGUUGAGGGUGUUCACAAGUUCGUUUGGGCUUGGAAGAGGAUUCCAAAAUUGCCUCCGAAGAUUGAUGAACUUUCAGAUCUCUUAAGCCUUUUGGGUUCGUUCGCCUUGGGCCCUGAUAUUUGGAAAUCUAAACUCUUUGGGGGUGGGAUGUUUUACGUGCGCGAUCUCAGAGCUAUUAUUGACUCUAAAUUGGCGGUCUCAGUAAACAACCCUACUGUUUGGAUUAAUGUGGUUCCUAUAAAAGUUAUUAUCUUCACUUGGCAAGCCUGCAUGAAACGUAUUCCCUCUACAUCUAUUGUUGCCCUGAGAGGUUUUACGACCAGGUCAAAUGUGUGUCACCUUUGUUCCUCCGACAUUGAUGAAACCAAUCUUUUCUUGGUCAGCUGCCCCUUUGCUAAGGAGAUUCUGGACUGGAUUCUCGCCUGGUGUAGAAUUCCCUCUUGUGCGUUCAGUUCGGUUGGUGAUCUCGUUUCUUUUGCUGCAAAUAGGGGAAGGUGA